GGAAAUAGGAUGGGCGAGUGCUUGCCCGCCUCCAGGAAGUUUCCAUUCCCCCGCUUGUUUGGGCCGUGUCCGCCAAGAGUUGUUUCGAAGCGGGCGCGAGGCGCCAAGAUGCCAGUGGCGGUGAUGACGGCGACGAGCGGCGCCUUCAGUUACCGAAAGCUGCUGGAGCAGUGUGAGACUCAGGAGCUGGAGGCCCCUGGAGGAAUAACAACAUCCCCUGUUUAUGCUCAACUCUUGGCUUUGUAUCUUCUGCAUAAUGAUAUGAAUAAUGCCCGUUAUCUCUGGAAAAGAAUCCCUUCUGCUAUUAAGUCUGCAAAUCUUGAACUUGGUGCAAUUUGGGCAGUAGGGCAGCGUAUCUGGCAAAGAGAUUUCCCUGGAAUAUAUACAACAAUUGAUGCAUAUCAGUGGUCUGAAUCUAUUCAGCCAAUUAUGGAAGCACUUAAAGAUGCAACGAGGCGGCGAGCAUUUGGACUAGUCUCUCGGGCAUAUCCUUCCAUAAGCGCAGAUGACUUUGCAGCCUUUGUUGGACUUCCUGUAGAAGAAGCAGUAAAAGGAGUUCUUGAUCAGGGAUGGCAAGCAGAUUUGUCAACUCGAAUGGUUAUGCCUAAAAAGCCAGGUCCUCAGGAGCCUACAUUUAAUAGGUUUCAUCCACUAUCAGAACCUGCUCCAGUUCCACCAAUUCCUAAUGAACAACAAUUGGCUCGAUUAACUGACUACGUAGCUUUCCUUGAAAAUUGAAAACUCAUUCAUGACAUGCGAUGUACUUUGAGAUUCAUUUGCAUUUUGUUUAUUCUGUUCGGUGUUGCAGUGUAUGCAUUACAGUGGAACAUAAUUUUACAUUUAA